UUCCGCGAGGAGCGGUUUGGCAAGCCCUUUUUUUCCUCAUCGUUGUACUUCUUACAAAUGAAGUCGAUUCCGAGGGAAGAGUUGUUUGUUACUAUACAAAUUGGAGUGUUUACCGACCAGGCACAGCAAAAUUUAAUCCACAAAAUAUAAAUCCAUAUUUGUGCACACAUUUGGUUUAUGCAUUUGGUGGAUUCACUAAAGACAAUCAAAUGAAACCAUUCGAUAAAUAUCAGGAUAUCGAGCAAGGUGGCUAUGCUAAAUUCACUGGCCUGAAAACAUAUAAUAAACAACUGAAAACGAUGAUUGCUAUUGGUGGUUGGAAUGAGGCAUCUUCACGUUUCUCUCCACUCGUUGCUAACCCGGAGCGUAGGCAGAAGUUUAUUAAAAACAUUUUAAAGUUCUUGCGGCAAAAUCAUUUUGAUGGCAUCGAUUUGGAUUGGGAAUAUCCAGCACAUCGGGAGGGUGGCAAGCCGCGCGACCGAGACAAUUAUGCACAAUUCGUGCAGGAAUUGCGUGCUGAAUUCGAACGUGAGGCAGAAAAAACCGGACGUCCACGUUUAUUGCUGACAAUGGCCGUGCCUGCAGGCAUUGAAUAUAUCGACAAAGGUUAUGACAUACCAAAACUAAACAAGUAUUUGGAUUGGUUUAACGUUUUGACAUAUGACUUUCAUUCAUCACAUGAACCUUCUGUAAAUCAUCAUGCACCAUUAUACUCACUUGAAGAGGAAUCCGAAUACAAUUAUGAUUCAGAGUUGAACAUUGAUUAUUCAAUAAAAUAUUAUUUGAAAGCGGGUGCAGACCGAGAUAAACUAGUACUUGGUAUACCAACAUAUGGUCGCUCAUAUACCUUAAUUAAUGAAGAGAGCACAGAGCUUGGAGCACCCUCUGAGGGUCCAGGAGAGCAAGGCGAUGCUACCAGAGAAAAAGGUUAUUUAGCUUAUUAUGAGAUUUGUCAAAAUCUUAAGGAAGAUCCUGAAUGGACAGUAGUACAGCCUAAUCCUACUGCCAUGGGUCCUUAUGCUUAUAGACGUAAUCAAUGGGUGGGAUAUGAUGACGAAGAUAUUGUGCGCAAAAAGGCAGAAUAUGUAGUUGAACAAGGUUUGGGUGGUAUUAUGUUUUGGGCCAUCGAUAAUGAUGACUUCCGUGGGUCAUGUACAGGAAAACCAUAUCCUCUUAUUGAAGCAGCAAAGGAAGCAAUGGUAGAAGGCUUAGGACUUGGAGUGAACGAAGUAUCGAAACCCAGCUCUGCUAAAAAGCCUUUACGUUCAAGAAGUCGGGACAAUACAUCUUCCACACGUAAUCGAAUUGAUGGUACCAGCGAUGACAAAUUAUCAGUGGAUCAGCGGAAAACAACUUCUCGUCGUCCUACAAGCGGACCUCGCAAACGUGUGCAAUCAAGUACCACCAAUGCACCAAGUACAACCAUUAAACUUACUGAAGCUGAAGGAUCAUCGUUAUAUAUUGGUGGACGUACUUCUACACCACCACCACCUACAACACCUGAUCCGGGCACUGAUUUUAAAUGUGAAGAAGAAGGUUUCUUCCAACAUCCACGCGAUUGUAAAAAAUACUAUUGGUGUUUAGAUAGCGGUCCAUCAGGCCUAGGUAUCGUUGCACAUAUGUUUACCUGUCCUUCUGGUUUAUAUUUCAAUCCAGCAGCAGACUCAUGUGAUUUUGCGAGAAAUGUUCCCUGUAAAAUCAAAAAAGGAACUACAGCAUCACCUGUUACUACAACUACAAGCACUAGUACAACUACUCCACGUACUACAACUGCUUCUAAUCGUAUCACAGCUGCCACUUCACGCACAUCACUGUUUAGAACAACUACAACAAGCACAACAGCAGCACCAGAAGAAGAGGAAGAAUAUGAAUAUGAGGAAGAAGAAAUUCCAACGAAAGACUCAAAAGAUAAAAACGCUGAAGAAGAUCCUCGCGUUAUUAAAGAACUAAUAGAACUGAUACGUAAAGUUGGUGGAAUUGAUGAAUUAGAAAAGCAUUUAUUACAUAAAGAAGAUGGAACAAUUUCCUUAAAAGAUAACGAUACCAAUUCUGGCACUCCUACAACACAGUCAAGCAUCAGUAAAUCACUUUAUGAUAAAGUACUUAGUCGUCCUAACGCUUAUAACUCCUUCCGCAACCGUUUAACUACAUCAACACUAUUCCGCAAUAGCGCACAAAUAAAAACAGAAGAAGUCGAGAAAAAGGAAGGCAGCACAAAAUUCGAAGAAGAUAUUUUACAACAAAAAUCAAGUUCAAAAGUCGGUAAUUCCAAAUAUUCAUCAGUAGUGCGAGGCAACAGCCGUCAAGGUCCACAAAAUGAAGGUCUGGAGAAUUUACCUGAAUUUGAUGGUUUUCUUAAAGAAAAGAAAGAAUAUGUCACAAUUAAUAGACAACGCGGUAGCUAUAAAGCACAGUAUAGUAAAGAUGAAGAUAAUGAAGAAGAUGAAAAUGAAAAAGAAGACCAAGACGAAGGAGUUGAAAUAGAAAAUAUUAGAACUACUAAAAAACCAAGUGCUAUUACAACGCCUGCAUAUGUGAGCAUUAGAAGAUCUAGACCAACUACGACACUACAACCAGUAAUUCAAAACAUAAAUAAUGAGGAAGACAAAGAUGAACUUAAAACGGUGGAGGAAGUUACUGAGAAAAAAUCGUAUACGUCUUUGAACAGAUAUCGAGGUAGACCAACAACUACAACUGAAAAAAUCGAAUCAAAUGAUGAAGUUGAAUCGACUACAACAAGGUAUAAAUAUUUUGAACGCACACGGCCAACCAGAAUAACAACUACACGUACUACUGGAGAAAAAUCUGAUGUUGACGAUAAAGAUGAUGACAAUGAUGACAAUGAUGAGGAGGAAAACAAGCAAAAUGUAACGGUACAAAAUAAGGAAGAAAAUGAUUCCACACAAAAUACACAAACAACUACACGUAUCUACGCUAGCAUAGGUCGAAGACCAAUUACGACAACCACAUCAGAACCAUCAAUAACAACAACUACAGAAAUACCAAUAGCGAAAACAAAUUUAUUAGAAACUACAUAUACACCUGAACCAAUUUCGACCACUACUACUACUCACUCACCAAAUACAAUUACUAAUAUUCCAGAUAUCAUAUCCAAUUCAUUUACUCCCAUUUCAUCCACUACCAGUACCACUACCACUACCACAUCCACUACCACUACCACCACAUCAACAACACCAAACAGUGACCCUCUUUUAGAAACUACUUCUAUUAGCUCCACUGAAAUAAAUCCUUACAAUAUGUCAGACGAUACCUUUGCUCUCUCCCUUGAUAUAAACUCUCUUAAACAAACAGACGCAGAUUCUGCUUCGAAUUCAAUUAAAAAUGAAGCAGAUGCUGUUGAUGGCAAUCAAGAAACUUCAACAACAACAACACAGACAACGACUAAAACUUUAACCACAACUGGUACUACGAACAUUGACCAUCAACAAUCAAUUGACGAGGUAACAAAUCUUAAUAAAAAUAUAUCCAAAACACAAUAUAAAUACACCACAAGAACAAGAAAUGUAACUUCCUUCACCACUGCAACGAAUGACAAGAACACCGAUACCAAAAUUUCAAAUGAAAACACACAACCUAGUCUUAUUGAUAUUCGUAGUAACAUUGGUUUAAGUAGUAAUAGUAACAAAUAUGUUGGUGGUAGAAGGCAACAAUUAAAUAAUUUACUUAACCGUAAAUCCCAAAUCCAAAUCCAACAGACAAAUGAGACCUCCAUAACCAAUACUACUUCUGAACCAACUUCUACUAACGUAUUCGUGGGUGCAGUAUCUAGUCCAAGACCCUUUGGUUUUCCAAGACGUCGUAAUCGACCAUCUAGUUUCACAACAAAAAUUGAAGACUCUAAGCCCGUUAGUGAAAAUGACGAAGAUGCAGUAUUAAUCAAAUCGAAAAUAUAUGCGCAGAAUGCUAAUGCAAAUACGAAUAAGCAACGCGCACCGACUGCGAGCUUGAGCAGCACCGCAGUUUCACGACGACCUGCAUUCAGCGUACGGCGGCGUAUAAUUAAUACAACGGCAACUGGUUCGAACUCCGCAACAACAACAACAGGAAUAACUACUACUAACAACAACAACAACAAUGAAUUAACCACAACGACACUAACUGAAUUGCAAACGACCUCUAAAUACAAUCGUAAUCGCAGUAGACUACCAGCAACAACAACUCCGGCGGUGUCAUCAUCAUCUUCUUCGUUAUUGGCAACAACAAUCUUCGGUUUUAAUAACAAUAAUAAAAAUUACCUUAAUUCAAAAUUUAAAAAAACCAAAUUGGCUACAUCAUCCAACGAUCUUAACACAGCUUCAUCAUUAUCGUCUUCAACAGCAUCUUCGGCAAUAGCAACAUCCGCCAAUGACAUCACGCAACGACCGUAUAUUGCUACGAAAUAUACUUCGCCAGCAUUGCGACUUAAAUAUCAAUCCCGCCGUCUAUUACCAACAACAACGACGGCAAUUAAUUUAGAAGAAAGUGUCACAGACGCACCACGUACACAAAAUCCACUUUUUAAACGUCGUUUGAGCCAUACGCUAACGGCCCAUGCUCCAGCCACGACAACAAUUCAAACAACCACACUUACUUCAAGCGUAUUCCCAUCUACAGCGAAUCCAAUUGAAGCACUUACAACAACCAUAUUCCUUGAUGGAAUUGAUGAUGCCACAGAUCAAAUAGCUAAAUCGAGCAUACAUACAAGUCUUUUCAAUCAUAUUACAGGACAAGCUGAAGAGGAUGACGAAGAUGGAAACGUCAGUGCCAUAAAAUCAAUACCAGUAGCAGCACCAUUAACACGUCACGUUACUACACCACCGGAAACAAAUUUCAAUUACGAAAAAGAAACUAGACGCCGUAUGGACGUAUCACCAAAGGUUUCUAUAACUACAACACCAACAACAACUGCAGCUCCAACAACUAAACCAUCCAUAAAUCGUCGGCCACAAAAGACCACGCCCACUCAAACGACAACAGCAAACACACGUAAAGUUAACACAUUUAUCAAUCGUCGUCAACCUCACAAGUAUAGCGAACCAAUUGAUCAAUUUAAUAUUAAACCUGGUAAAUCUGUGACGAAAACCACAUCAAAACCACCACCAGCACCACCCAAGCAGACUUAUCGACCAACUGAGGACUAUGAUUACUACGAUGAGGAUGAUGAACCCGUUAUUGGUAGCACAAAGGGUCAAGAUCUUAAAGUAAUUCUGCACGGCAAAGGCAUAAUUGAGUGUCUGGACCAGGGUAAUUUCCCGCAUCCAUUAUCAUGUCGCAAAUUCAUCUCAUGUGCCAAAUUCGAAACGGGCGGUGUCGUCGGCUGGGAAUAUACUUGCCCGAAAGGUUUGAGCUAUGAUCCAGUGGGUGGCAUGUGCAAUUGGGCUGCUGGCCUAGGCUGUAAGGAAUAAAAAAUAAGUUGAAGUUUUAUUAAAUUUAAAUUAAACUGGCAGCCUCUAAAAUAUAAGAGUAUGUGUUAUAUCUAUAAAAAAAAAUUAAAAAUAUUGGUAUUCAUAAAA